AUUCCCAAUUCUUUCACCGUCUGCACACAUACAGGAUUAGAGAAAGAAAACAAACACAAGGCUGUAUUCUGUGGCGUAAAAGAAAAUCUAAUGACCCAAAGAGAGGAAGUUGUGCUUGAUUUUGAAGACAACAAUGGCCGCAGCAACAGCAAAGAUGAAAAUUCAGCAUCGAAAGGUGUUGUCAACGGUCAAAGUGACAAGCUUCGUCAAGACUUGCAGGAAAAGCGCAGAGGCAGUGAAUCAACAAGAAAGAAAAAGCAGGAUCAGCAAAAAACCGAAGAAAGCCACCUCCAAACUUCACAUUCACAAGAAAGCGUGGUGAGGUCUUCUUCGAACAAUUCAACUCCACGAUUCUCGUGGAAAUCAUCAAUAAGCAGAACAAAGUCUCGGCUGAUAGACCCUCCUGAGGAAUCAUGCGCAAAUUCAGAAUCAAGUGAACAAAAAGCGGCAGAAAAUGAUGACAGUGUUGAGGACAUGCCUGAAAUUUACAAGAAAACGAGGUUCAGUGCGUUCUCGCUGCUUCAGUGGCUAUGUCUGGCCUUAAUAAUCGUAGCCUUGCUUUCAAACAUUUGGAUAUCGUGCUUGCAAAAACUCAAACUCUGUGGCUUUCCCCUGUGGGAAUGGGAGACAAUGAUUUUGGUUAUUCUUUGUGGGCGUUUGCUCUCAGGUUGGAUAAUCAAGCUAAUCGUCUUCUUCGUGGAACGCAAUUUCAUACUGCGAAAACGAGUGCUGUAUUUUGUGUACGGUUUGAAACACUCGGUGAAAAACUGUGUCUGGUUGGGUCUUGUUCUGCUGGUGUGGCAUUUUCUUUUGGUCAACGCGGUGAAGAAAAAGGUCAACGACAGGAUUUUGUCGUGUGUGACAAAGGUUGUGGUGUGUCUGUUCAUCGGCACUCUUUUGUGGCUCCUUAAAACGAUCCUCGUGAAGNCUUCGGUUCGUCAUCUAAUGUGGAACAUAACACCCAGUUCUUACCAGUCCGAGACAGGGAUAACUAUUUGA